GUCUCUCAAAUGGCCAGGUCCUGAUCGACGUGAUUUCGGGUGUGGCCGAGGAAUGCAAGGACAACGUCAUAUGGUUCGCUACAAAUUGCACGGACGACUUCACAGCCGCUGGCGAAGCCCUUGAGUUCGAAUGGCCCCCCCUCGAAGCUCUGGAUGUGGACACCAAGAAGGCCAAGAAGUAUUUCAAGCAGAUAGACUCCGUUGCCGAUGG